AUGUCCGAAGCUCAGGAGAUUGAUUACACCCUCAAGAACCCCGAUACCCUCACCAAGUACAAGACCGCCGGUCAGAUCUCCGAGAAGGUCCUUGCAGAGGUUGCGAAGCUAUGCGUGCCGGGCGCCAAGUUCGCUGAGAUCUGCCAAAAGGGCGAUGACAUCCUCGCAGAGGAGGUCGGCAAGGUCUACCGUGGAAAGAAGGUCACCAAGGGCUUUGCGCACCCCACGACUGUGUCCCCCUCGUCAUAUGUCACACCCUACACUCCCCUAAGCUCGGACGAGGCCGAGGCCGCGCGUGAGAUCAAGGAAGGCGAGGCGAUCAAGAUCCAGCUCGGUGCGCAGAUUGACGGCUUUGGUGUCAUUGUCUGCGACACUGUGUUCGCGGGCAAAGAGGGGGCCAUCACCGGCCGCGAAGCCGACCUGGCCCUCGCCACCCACUAUGCUAACGAGCUUCUCCUACGCUUGAUGAUCCCUCCUGGCACUCUCGCUCAGGGUACUGAUGAGGAGAAGGCCAAGGCGGCCGCGCAAAAGGCUCCCACGCAGAGCAAGAUCACACAGCUGCUGGAGAAGGUGUGCGACGCCUACGAAGUCAAGCUCGUUGAGAGCACAACCUCAUGGCUGUUUGACCGCAACGAAAUCGAGGGUGCCAAGAAGAUUGUGCUGGCCCCGGCCGAGGGCACCAAGGGCGACGGUGUCCCCGAGGCCCCCGAGGUUUGGGGUGUCGAGAUGGGCGUGAGCUUGGGAUCGGGCAAGGUCAAGAAGCUCGAUGACCGCGCGACGCUGCACCGCCGUACACUCCAGACCUACGGCCUGAAGCGUCCUACCUCGCGCAAGGUCCUGUCCGAGGUCCAGAAGAAGUUUGGUACCUUCCCCUUCUCCCUGCGCCAGCUCGAGGAUGAGCGCGAUGCCAAGGCCGGCGCCGUCGAGUGCGUGCGCGGCAACGUGUUCAGGCAGUACGAGCUCGUUGGCGACAAGGAGGAUGCCCCUGUCGCUCGUUUGUUGACCACUGUCUCGAUCAGCAAGAACGGUUUGACCAAGCUCGGCGGGCCCGCUCCCUUUGAUGAGAGCAAGUACCAGUCUGACAAGAAGAUCACCGACGAGGAAGUGCUCAAGAUCCUUGAGCAGCCCCUUGCCCGCAACACGGGCAAGAAGAACAAGAAGAAGGCCGCCAAGACGGAGGCUUAA